AUGAUUCGAAAGGAGACCGAGAUCCCAAUUGAUAGCUCAUUCUUUUGGACGGACAGUUCAUGUGUCUUGGGCUAUCUUUACAAUGAAAGAAAACGUUUCCAAACGUUUGUCGCCAACAGAGUAGCAACGAUACUUGAAACGAGUGCCCCAACUCAGUGGAGACUGGUACCCGGUAAACAGAAUCCCGCGGAUGAUGCAUCUAGAGGACUUUCUGCGAACGCCUUGUUGAGUAGCAAGAGAUGGUUCGACGGACCAGAAUUUCUCUGGCGCAAUGAAGAAUGCUGGCCAAAGCAAACCAUCCACCCAUUAGUAUCUGAUGACGACCCAGAAGUGAGACAACCACAUCAAUCCCUUCUUGUUAAAGUUGACACACGAGACUCCAUGGAAGAAAUCUUCGCGAGAUUUUCAUCGUGGGAAAACCUAAAGAAAUUCGUGUCCUGGAUGCUUCGCUAUCGUGCAAAUCUGUAUAAGUCUAUUCGUUCAACCAAUAAUGAAAGGAGUCCUGAUAAAGUGGACUGUUCUAGCUUCGUAGUUGAGCCUAUCUCCGUGGAUGAAAUGCUGAAUGCUGAAAUGAAAAUAAUCAAGAGUGUUCAAAGAAGAUAUUUUCACGAAGACUUAUCCCGUCUUAUGACCAUGUCUGGAGAUUCUCAGAAUACUCCAAUUGUAAAGAAAUCAAGUCAGCUUUCCAAAUUGGACCCCAUAAUAAGAGACGGCAUCGUAUGUGUGGGCGGACGUCUAUCUAACUCACCAUUAUCGGAGGAAAGUAAGCAUCCAAUUAUCCUCCCUAAAGAUAGUCAAGUUUCGCAGUUAGUCGCAUUGUAUUUCCAUCAUAUCUCUGGGCAUAGUGGAAUGGAACAUGUCCUCUCGUUAAUCCGACAACGCUUCUGGAUCAUUGGAGCCCAAAAGAUGUUAAAGCGAAUCUUGAACAGAUGCGUAAACUGCAAAAGACGCCAAGGUCAUGUUGGGGAACAAAAAAUGGCCAAUUUGCCUGAGCAACGCGUAACCCCAGACCACCCACCAUUUACAUUUGUUGGUGUUGACUGUUUUGGCCCGUUUCUCGUGAAGAGGGGAAGAGCAUUGGUAAAAAGAUAUGGAGCGCUAUUUACGUGCCUGGCGAUACGAGCUGUACACAUUGAAGUUAUUCAUGCUUUGGAUACUAACUCGUUUAUUCAUUGUUUGCGCAGAUUUAUCGCGAGAAAGGUCCGUGAUAAGAGAUAG